AUGUCUCUGUCUUCCCUCCCACCAGAGCUUCUUCAUGAGAUACUAGUCUACCUACCAAUCUCCAACAUCCUUGCCUUUUCUCAGACAUGUAAGGAGAACUUCACCACCUCGACACUAGCUCUGCAAACACUUCACCUUGCGGUCUUACCCCGUCGUAUCUAUGGCCUGUUGACAUUCCUCAACUCUCUUCACCUCGAUGACAACGACCAUCCAGACAUAUACGAUGGCACAUCUACACUUCACCAAAUCACCAUUCCAUCCGAACUACCUAUCAAAUAUCUCGAAUCAUCCACAAAAUCAGGAUCUUCAAGACCACGGAAGCCGAAAUUGACCCCAGCUCAGUAUCGAGAGCAGCUUUUCGCUCUUCAGAACAAGCUAGCAUGCUCUGCAUUGUCGACCUCUGCGCUGUCCAAAGUUCGUACCUUAAGUCUACACCUCUACGAGCUAACUUCUCCGGACUUGACAAAUCUUCUCGCUACAUCAUUCGAUAACCUCCAAAAUCUUCACCUCAAUUUCUCCCAUCCUUAUCUGCACGACACUUGCCUCCCAGCACGAUAUUGGACAUCACCAAUCUUCUUAAAAGGCAGCCCCAUCUGGAAUUCAUUGGCCGGUCUAGGUGAUCAGCACGCAGCAACUCUGAAGCUGAGAACCUUGGAGACAUUAACCAUUGAGAGAGCGGGGAUUACAAGUGUCCAGCUACGCAAGUGGGUAGAGCAGAAUCCUCGAUUGAGGCAACUCGUUCUGAGAAAUGUUUUGGGUGUGGAUCGUGAAUUCGUUGAGUGGUUGGGUCAGUAUUACUCCUCGACAAGUAGUAUUGGAAACAGGGAGAGACUUGUGAGGCUGGAAAAACUCUCCCUGGAGCAGUGCUCGUCUCUUUCGCUCAAAACGAGAGAAGACUUCACUUGGCUCGAUUCUCUAUUCAAUCUGACAUCACAUGCCACAACCACCGAGACGCCGGAAACGAUCACAGAUCUGGCCAUCAGAUCCGAUUCGAGCUGUCUGGGGACUUUAUCUUUGUUGGGCUCAAGCUCUAGUACCGUGUCCAUUGACAAUCUUCUCGCAUAUCUUGAAGAAGGCAAACCAGCCGUCAAAAGAAUAACCCUUCCAGAUGGACGGACUUUCGUUGCGAAAAGUCCGCAAAAGCAAAAGCUCCAGAGUAAACAUGGGUCAAAUCCUACUCGCCCCACGACGACCAGGAAUGGAAGCACGAGGAGUCUGAAUGAUAUCCAUGUAUCAGACGAGGACAACAGCGAAGAGGAUGAUCCUGAUGCAGACACAAGUGAAGAAGAGGAAGAGGAAGGCAACAAGAUUGAAUCGCGUGGCAGCCGAGCACGAGCUUCGGUAUCGUUUCUUUGUGAAAAGAAAUCCCUAGCCAUGUGGAAGGGAGCCUGGAGUGGUACUCGUCGCCAAGGCGGAGCGUCUGAAGGUACCACGUCUCUACAACCGGGGAAUGCAACCAUCGAGGUCGAUGAGCGACAUGUCGCAUUAGAUGCGGAUAAUGACCGCAGUCGGCUCAUGAGACCAAUUGUCAAAAGGUUGAGGCAGUGA